AAAAGUGAAACUGACACUACAGUAUAUUUAAACAUUUCAGCAAGGACCUGUGCAAAAUACCUGCUGCAAAAGGCCAACAGUACUCUCCUGAUGUAAAACUCACUCCUAACAACACAGUUUUGCAGCAAAGUAUGCAAUAUUGAGAUUACACCAGCAAGACUUUUUAUUCCAUAAUGGCAACCUCACAACAGGAAAAAAACAAGGACACUGAAACACCAGGAGGGCGACCAGAUCAACAACUAGAAGAGAACAAGAAUAGAAUAGAAAACAUAAAGCAUCUAUUUCACAAAGUUCUUCUUACAGACAGGCAUCAGAGUAAACUUAGAGCUGAAGAUGUUUUUGAGAUAUCUGCUCAUUCAAUACAGUCUCAUGAGUCUUGUGCUGAAAAAGACCUGGUUCAGACUUUCCUACAGAACCUACUUACGAUUAACUACAGAGCAAGAUACAUUAAUAUUAAGGAGACAAAUGAACAUCAUCAUACAAAACAAAGAGAAAAUGACUCAAAAAAGCAAAAGGGUCAUUUUUUUAAAGCUAUGUCUUUGUCUAAUAAGGGAGUGAGUAAACCAGACCCAGUUCACCCGAUGGAUGUUCAGAUGGCUGUGUUUCAUUGUGCUGAUAGUUUCCUAAAGCAGCUGAUGGUCACUAAACUCUCACAGUGUCAGUUUGCUCUUCCUCUUCUUGUUCCUCAUCCAUUCACACAACAGAUUGAGUUUCCUCUCUGGACAUUCAGACAAAUCAACAAGGACUGGAAGAUGAGAAAUUCUAACAAUGACAUCAUCAUUAAAGAAGAGCCAGUGUACAAAACAGAAACUCCAAUGGUGUCGUUCUUCAGGUUUGGUUCUGUGUCUUCAUCCAAGUCUCAGCUGAUGAACAAUCUGAUCAAUGAGAAACACAACACGUUCUUCCACAGGAACUGUCCAGGCAGCAGCAGAACCAGACUACUGAUUGAUGGAGUGGUGGAGAUCGCCUGGUUCUGGCUAUCUGGAAAAGACACAGAUAAAUUUAAUAACUGUAUUGCCUUCUGUAAUCUUCAUGGUGAUGCAGGAGUCCAUGAGAAACAACUGCAGAUUCUCACCGAAAUGUCUUCAGUCAAUGUUGUUCUUCUGUCACAGAUUGAUGAGAAUGACAAAAACAUAACAAAACUCGAAAAUCUCUACAGUGAUUCAAAGCCACUUAUUUGCCUUUUUUCUGAGGAUGACUCUGAUUUAAUAGAGACAGAUACAGGAAAAUACAAAAUAGGGUUGAAAGACAGAAAUCAGUCAGAUGUAUCUGAAGAACUCAGAAGAGCUAUAAAUGAUUGUCUCUCAUCUUCAGCAUCAGUUUCCAUGUUCAAACUUGAAGAUUUGUCCAAACACUCAGACAUCAGAGUAGAUGAGGAAAAUGAUGAAUACUGCAGGAGAGGAAGAGAAGCAGCACAGCAGAUGAUGAGUUUACUGGAGAAUAAAAGUCUGAGAGAAAUCAAAGAAUCAUUUCUGCCCUGUCAGGGGAAACUCUGGCAUCAGUGGUGUCAGAAGAACAAAGAACUUCAUCGACCUCAAGGAGAAGACAUAGAACAAGAAAUAAGCAGAAAACAAACAGAAAUGAAGAAAAUUCGUUACCAGCAACACAAAUCCCACAUAAGUGAGUUUAUAAAGAUCUUUAUAAAACAAAUGAAUUCAUAUGCUACAAAUAAAAGUUUUUUCCUGAAAUGGCUCAGAAUCCUCCUGAAUGAAGUUACCUCAUCUGAUCUUUCUGCUCUGCAACACAAGUAUGAAAAAAACUGGUCAAAGGUCUCAAAACUCAAAGGAAAUGAUAAAACUAACCAACUCAAAGAACAAAGAGAACUUGAGAAAAUAUCUGAAGAACUUCAAGCAGCAACCUUUGGUUUGGAGCACAUCAUAAGAGAGAUCGGUCAGAUCUAUGAAUCAUGUUCAUCUGUGAAGAAGAGUAAGAAAGAUCUGAAGUUUAACUUCUCUUCUCUCCCGAGUCUUGCAGCAGAGAUGAUGAUCUGUGGAUUUCCACUGGAGCUGAUGGAUGGAGAUGCUGCUCAUGUUCCUCUGAUCUGGAUCACUGCUGUUCUAGAUGAACUCAUGUCGAUAAUAGGAGACCAGAGCAUCUUUGUGAUUUCAGUUUUAGGGCUUCAGAGCUCUGGGAAAUCCACCAUGCUCAAUGCAAUGUUUGGACUUCAGUUUGCAGUCAGUGCUGGACGAUGCACCAGAGGAGCUUUCAUGCAGCUGAUCAGAGUAUCAGAGGAGAUGAAAUAUCAGGUGAAGUUUGAUUAUAUUCUGGUUGUUGAUACUGAGGGUCUUCAGGCUCUAGAAUGUAAUGGAAACUCCACAAGACAUCAUGACAAUGAAUUGGCCACAUUUGUUGUAGGUCUUGGACAGCUGACAUUGAUCAACAUCUUUGGAGAAAACCCAGCUGAGAUGCAGGAUAUUCUUCAGAUUGUGGUUCAGGCCUUUCUGAGGAUGAAGAAGGUCAAACUGAAUCCCAGCUGUAUGUUUGUACAUCAGAACGUUUCAGACGUCACAGCUGGAGAGAAAAACAUGGAGGGAAGAAGACGAAUGCUGCAGACACUGGAUGAGAUGACAAAACUCGCUGCUGAAGAUGAGAAUAUUAAUGCAGAAUGUUUCAGUGAUGUCAUUAAUUUUGAUGUACAGAAUGAUGUGAAGUAUUUUGCUCAGCUGUGGGAGGGAAGCCCACCAAUGGCACCACCAAACCCAAACUACUGUGAAAAUAUUCAAGAACUAAAGAAAACUAUUAUUUCAAAAGCCUCAAAAUCAAAUGGAAUGAGGCUGACACACCUGAAAAAGCAUAUUCAAGAUCUCUGGGAGGGUUUACUGAAUGAACGAUUUGUGUUCAGCUUCAGAAAUUCUCUGGAGAUUUCAGUAUACAGGAGACUGGAGACAGAAUACAGCAAGUGGACCUGGACUCUACGCAGUGCCAUGAUGGAAAUUCAGACCAAACUGCAUAAUAAAAUAGAAAAUGAAGCAAUUCAUGAGAUUGACGAAACUGAACUUCAGAGGGAACUAAAGGAGAAAAGUGAUGAAGUAAAAAAAUGUAUGUGCAAUUUCUUUGACAAAGACCCAGAUGCUGAUAUACUGAUACAGUGGAAAACAUCAUUUGAAAUAAAAAUCAAAGAUGUUCAAGAGAGCAUUGUGAGAGAAACAAAGAGAAAACUAAAUGAAAUUCUUCAGCAGCGAGACCUGAAGAAAAAGAUUGAUGCUCACAGGACACAACAUGAAAACAAUCUCUUAGAAAAGAGCAAAGAACUUGCAUUAAAACUCAAAGACAAAACAAACGAUGAAGAAACUCUAAAGAGAGAGUUUGAUUUGUUUUGGGAAGAGUGGGUGAAGAAGGUCAUCACAGAUUCUCCUCCAAUCAAAGACAUUAACAUACUAAAAGAUGUGAGAAAACUCCUUAGUGACAUGUAUGAAAGUCUCAAUGUAGACCAUUGGAAGGACAGUGAUAUUUUUACUUUGCAGAAUUAUUCAGGUUAUGUACAGGAAAAGAAAUCCAGGGGCUUAACAGGAUUCAUUAAAAAACUAAUUUCAGGUUCACUUUCUCAUCAAACUGAAAGCAAAGUAAGAGCCCUCAUUAAUGAAAUUGUUCAGCAGACAGAGAUAAUGAUUCAGUCAUUUAAUAUAUUAAAGCUUGGGUACAACAACAGCUGCAUUCAAAAGCUAAUAGAUUACAUCAAGACAAAACUGAAAGAAGAUGAGGAAGAGUCUGUGAAAUAUGUGUUCAAGAAGGAAUUCUUCAUAGAUUUGGUAUUUUCUAUAUUUAAGAGAGCAGAAAAGACAUUCAAUGAUCAACACAGAAUGUUCAGAGAAGUCAAUGAUCCUGUUCUCUAUCUGGAGAAGAAGAGGAAUGAAUACUAUAGUAUUUUCAAAAAAUACUGUCGAGGAGCAACAUCAGCUGCUAUUUUUGUUGAGAUCAUCUGUCAGAAACUGAAGGAACCCAUUGAACAAAGUGUCUAUAAACAGACUGCCAGAGAUUUAGCAGAUGAAAUCAGAUCAAAUUGUCCAUCACUGAAUGGAAACAGAUCAAAUAUAGAGAUACACAUCCUGAAGAAACUGGCAGAAGAGGAGAACUUUGACAAAUACAUGAACUACAUUCAUAACCCCAAAGAUCACUUCAAGGAUUUCAUCAGAGAUGAAGUCCAUCAGUACAUCAGUGAUAAGUUCAGUAUCAGUGUUCAAUCAAAAAUGAAUCAGAACAUCAAAGUCCUGCAGAAGAAGAUCCUGACAGCAGCUCAUGAAUCUACUGAAGAUGUUGAAGUGAAGAGAGGAGAUGUUGAUUUGUGGUUGAAGUUUUUCACACAGAAGCUCUCAGAUGUUCUGAUAUUCUCUGUGAAGGACUUCAGUGGAGUCAAACAUGAUGAUGUUGAUGAUUUUAAACUCUCAGAAGAUGUCAUAAACACAGAUCUUCCAUCUAUUAUAUCUGAAAUCAGCAGAGAGUUCAGCACAGAUACAUUUGAUGAGAAACUGGAUCUCAACUACAGACCAGAUGAGAUUCUGAUUGAUCACUUAUGUCGUUGCUGUUGGGUUCAGUGUCCGUUCUGUAAAGCCACCUGCAAUAACACAAUAGAGAAUCAUGAUGGAGAUCACAGUGUUCCUUUCCAUAGAGUGAUUGAAAUUAAUGGGUGGCAUUACUGGGGCACAACAAACCUGUCUGCUGAAAUAUGCACAACACAAGUAGCAAACCACACUGCUGGUUUUUAUCCAGAUUCCACAGACAGGAGAGUCCUCUGGAGAGAAUACAGAACAGCAGGAGAACGUUUUAAAAAGUGGAGCAUCACCCCUAACCUCGCUGAGCUUCCUUACUGGAAAUGGUUUGUGUGCAGAUUUCAAAAAGAUCUUGAAAAGCAUUAUAAAAAAACAUUCCAGGAUAGAGGAAAGAUUCCAGAUGAAUGGAGACAAAUCACCAAACAGGAAGCUGUUGAAAGUUUAGAUAAACACAUCUAAUUCAAUGAAAAACAAAUAAUUUAUAACUCAUAUUAACAUCAUCCAAGAAGCAAGAAGCUUACAUUAAGUGUAGUUUACACAGCCAUGUUUGGCUAUAGCUAGGAACUAGCAUUGUGUAGUGUGGAAAUGACUUUAGAAUGCAUUAGCAUUCAUAUUUAUGUUAAUAAAUGUUAAGUACACUGACAUUUUAUUCUGACUAAUUAACUUUAACAAAUAAAAUGUGCUCAUUUAAUCCAUCACAAUAUUAUUUUUGGUGUAAAAAUGAAAACUAUUUAGUGGUAUUUAAGUGGUUUCUAGGUCUAUCACAUUUGUUUUAAAUCAACCUAUGUGAACUUGACUCAUUUAUGUUGGGACUACAUGAGUAUUUUUUGUUGUAUUAAAGCUAUAUUGCUAAAACUGGGCAGGGAUUUCCAGAUCCCAGCAUGCAUUGCAUGAUACUGAAUAGUGAGGGUAAUUAUCAAAAUAAAGUUAUUUUAUUUUAUUUUUAAUUAAUAUAAAAAAGAGUGGCACUUAUUAACCUCUUACACUCUGAGGCUAUUUUGGGGAUUUCCGCCUGGAUUUGGCCUACCCAAUUUCAAAAGCUUCUCAUACCCACAAGCAGAGGUUUACAUACAAAAGUUUGGUAUCAUUUUACAGGAAACCAUUUGAAAUUCCAUAAAACACUGUUAAAAGUGCUCAACAUGGUUGUAUGUGUUGUCAGUCCUCUAAUAGACACAAAAAUAAAUAGGCGCUUUUUGAUGUUUUUUUUUCUAAAGUCUGUAUUUAAAAGUGUAUAACUCUGGCCAUGAGUGGUGUAAUACUGGAGUUUAAAUAAUCAACUUUAAGUUUAUUAAUGAAAAGAUACUGUAAAACAAUUAAACGUCAGGUGGAGUUGCUAACCCAAAUUUGACCCUCAGAUUGAACUGGUUAUAGACAUGAAACUCUUGGUGCUCCUUAUCUCUUCAUCACAAAGGCUUUGGCACUGUUAGCCUUUAGGCUCAUGUCAUUGGGUAUGUGCUGAAAUAUAUGAUGUAAUGUAUACAUAUUAUGUGGUUCUAAGGUUGUAAUUUAAUAUUAAUGUUUAGUAUUAUUUUAAAGGUCAUGGUGCGAUGAGUGAAAAGGUCUCAUUUCUAUAAGUCUAAGAUAUGAUGGAUUAAGGUUUUAGAACUUUGGAUAGAAGAUGCAUUUCUUGUAGAGGUGGGGUUUUGCCUUGAUAUUUCUGGCUAGUCUGACCAGUUGCCAAGAUACUCCUGGCUAGUUUGACCAGGUGCUCUUUAGUAUCACUUGGCACAGGUCAAACUGGAUUUUGACCAGGUGUUCUUUAGUAUCACUUAGUACAGGUCAAACUGGAUUUUGGUAGUUUUCUCAAGCUGUGUAUAAAAGGUGGCCUUGCAAAACAUUCUGGGAGCCAUUCUGUACUCAGAAGCUCCCACACUCUGUGUGUAUUCAAACCUUAUGGAGGCAUCCUGUAACCAGGAGCUCCCACACUUUGUGGGUGUAUUAAAACAUCAUGGAAGAAAUCUUUCACAAGAAUCUUCAUAGACCACUUU